AUGUUCGCCUCCGCGAUGUCGGCCUUCGCGGGCCGCUGCCCGGCGCUGCGCCCCGCCGCCGGCAGGCCGGCGCGAUCCGUGACCCGCAUGGCUGCCGAUCGGCCGAUGUGGUACCCGGGCGCCACUCCUCCCGACCACCUGGAUGGCACCAUGGCCGGUGACUACGGAUUCGAUCCCUUGGCUCUGGGCGCCAACGAGAACUUGCUUCCCUGGUUCCGCGAGGCUGAGCUGAUGAACGGGAGGUUUGCCAUGGUGGCGGUGCCGGGGAUCAUCAUGACGGAGCUGCUGGGGUUUGGGAACUUCUGGGAGGCGGGCGCCAACGUGCAGUCGCCGCUGUCGCUGCAGGCGCUGAUCGGCCUGCAGGUGGUGAUCAUGGGCGCGCUCGAGUACAAGCGGUUCGAGAUCUUCAAGAAGACAGGGGAGUGCGGGCUGCUGGGUUUCGCGCCGUUCGACCCGAUGGGCAUGAAGAGCGAGGAGACGAUGGUGAAGGAGGUGAAGAACGCGCGGCUGGGCAUGCUGGCCUUCAUCGGCUUCUGCUCCCAGGCCGCCGUGCAGGGCAAGGGGCCCGUGGCGUGCUUCGCGGCGCACAUCAAGGACCCCCUGCACGAGAACAUCUACACGUCCAAGGUGGGGCCGGAGGUGACCGCGGCGAUCGUGUGCCUGGCGAUCUGGCCGUUCAUUGUCGAGGCGCAGAAGGCGCUGGGCGGCAAGGACAAGGAGACCUUCAGGGCGCUGCCGUGGUGA